AUGUGUUUCCAAUUUUCCGUCGUGUUCCUCAUAUUACCUUGUAUUGCCACCGGUCUCGAGGUGACAGUCAGCAAUACCCAACCUCGUGUUGAUGUCGACGGUCAACUGAUGGAUAUUCAUGAUGGAAAUAUCGUACAGUGGAUACCAGGAGGAUACUACUACUGGUACGGAAAUGGUUACACGCUUUGUAAGGAUACUCGGUGGGGAUGUGAAGGAGUAUUUGCUCUAUCUGACUGUGGAUUUCGCACAAAUCACAGUAUCAACCUUUACGUCUCCCCAGAUCUGUAUCAAUGGAAAUUUGUGCGUAACAUUCUUCCUGCUGAAGUAAGGCCAAAUGGGAUCUAUUACAGACCGAAAGUAAUCUAUAAUCCACAAACAAAACAGUAUGUACUGUGGGUUAAUAUCGUAGAAAAGACAAUUUUCGGCAUUCCUAAUUUUCUUAAUGCUACGUACGUAGUAGCUACAUCACCCACUCCAGACGGACAAUUUACAGUGAGAAAUCCAAGAGUAAAAACUCUACAAUACGGUAAUGGUGGUGAUUUUGCGUUGCUUGUCGACGAUGAUGAUGGACAAGGUUAUAUUGCAUAUGAUGCUUUCAAUGAUUUCCAUGCACUUCAAAUCGAGCGUUUAGCUCCAGAUUUUCUUUCUACUCUUGGCUCUAUUGUAACAAGCGGCAUAAUCACUCCAAUCAAUAACGAAGCACCAAUAUUUUUUAAGAGAUAUGGAUGGUAUUAUCUAUUAUACGGUCAACGUUGUUGUUUCUGCCGCCAAGGAUCAAAUUCGCAUGUCUUGGUAUCUAGAUCUCCGUUAGGACCAUUCAUAGAUACCGGAGUAGAUUCCGAAGCACAUGGCCAAGAGAGUUUUGUCAUUCAAGCUAUGCUAGCUGAUAACAGCAUUCAGUUUAUCUUCGUUGCUGACAGAUGGGUUAGUGAUCAUGACAAGUAUAUGGCACAUGAUUUGCAGUUUUGGGCCCCUCUGGUCUCUGAUGAUAGUCAAAAUCCCCCAUUACCGCAAUUGGAUUGA